CCUGAAGGAGCCUUGCCCACCUACACCGUCGUCGCUUUACAUUAACCCACCUCACGAGGGCUACCAGACAGACGACGCAGCAUAUAAGGUCCCCGGCCGGCCAGUGGCCACCGUCCAAGAUUCCUGUGAGCGGCGAGCGCGACACGAUGAGCCCCGGCGCGGCUGGUGCCAGGAAGCGCCUCGGCCUCGGCGUCGUCGGCGUCGGCGGCGGCGGGUUCGCGCUCGGGUGCGGCUGCCGGGACGCUAAGGCCGUGGCGGUGGCGGCGUCGUCCACGUCGCCUACUGGAUCAGGUUAAGGUUAGCCCACGGCGACGACCGCGACGUGGCGCAGGGCCAGGGCGGCGGCGCUGCACCACCACCCGUCGUCCGCGUCCGCAUCCACGGGCACGCUCACCGUGCCCUCCGCGUCGUCGUCGUCCUUCGUGUGGGAGGACGCCGAGGGGGAUGCCGGCGAGGAGGAGGUGGACUGCAAGCAGCGGGAGAGCUCGGCGGCCGCGGCGAGCUUCUCCGGCCUGCUGCGCCAGCUCAACGAGCUCGAGCAGAGCGUCGUGACGUGGGGGCGGAAGAGCACCGGCAAGGGUUGCUCCUCGCCACCGGCGCCGCCGCCGCCUCCACCGCCGUUACCGGCGCGGCCAGUGAAGCAACGAGUCGUGCACAGCGGCGGCGGCGACAGCAAAGAAGGUCACGGCAGCUUCUCUCCGCCGCCUCCACCUCCUUCUUUCCAGCUUGAGACGACGCAGCAGCACCGGAAGGCAAAGAACAUGGACAAAGCCGACAGACAAGCUGGAGAGAUCGCCUCCAAGCAGCCGACACCGCCACCACCCUUGCCAUUGCCGCCGGAGCAGCUUAAGGCGCAUAGCACGGACAAAGGCGGAAAGAAAGAAGACGCCAGCAUUUUCCCGACACCGCAGGCGGCCCCGCCGAAGCACCGGAGAGCGAAGAGCUGCGACGGCACCGGCGCCGGCAGGCUGGACGGGAGCGUGGCGGUGGUGAAGCAGUCCGACGACCCGCUGAGCGACUUCCGGCGCUCCAUGGUGAACAUGGUCGUGGAGAACCGGAUCGCGACGGGCGACGAGCUCCGCGAGCUGCUCCGCCACUUCCUGGCGCUCAACGCGCCGCACCACCACGACGCCAUCCUCCGGGCCUUCACCGAGAUCUGGGACGAGGCGUUCUCCGCCACCGCCAGCAAGACCCCACACCGCGAGCCCGCUACCAGGAGGCCGACCCCACCGCGGCCGCGGCCGACGCCGCCGCGCCGCCGGCAUGCCCCGCCGCCGCGGAUGUGGCGCUAACGCUUACAGUACGUGGUCACCGCCUGUGUUCUGCAUUGUAGCUAGAUAUCUUGCAAAGAAACGGUCGGUGUGUGGCACCUGAUCGUACCGCGAAUCUACCGCGGAUGUUCUUCCGAUUUGUUUGUUAAUGCUUCCCCAGUCCGUUCGGCUCCAAAAAUUCUCCAACCAUUCGAGAUAGAUGAGCGAUCCCGUGAACGCCGGUGUCGUUUAUUCCGCGACUAGCCGACACGGCGAACCGCAAAACCCGUGGCCGCUUGCGGGGAAGUGCGAGCCGGCCGGAGCCGAGGCGGAAAGGCGCUUCUGCUGCGGCUGCGGCUGCGAGAGGCCGCAGGAACGGUGAUGGUUGGAUGGCUGGCUGGCAAUGGAGGGCCCGUGCAUUGAGUUAUGGUGGUGGCGACGGUGCAGUGGUGGGCUUGUGGAUUGAAGUGACACACGGGAGCGGGGGAGGAAGCCGGGGUGCCGGGAGGGGAGGGCGAGCCUGCCAAUGCCAAAUCAGAGGCGGCAUGCGCCAUCAAUGCGCAACCUCCCUGGCGUCCUACUCUGCAUCUUCGCUCUAGCACUCCUGUCGUGCAAAUGCCAGAGCUUCACCGCCAUCCACAGGUUGUUUCCAUGAAUCCCUCGGCCUAAUCUCUUUGACAAGUAGGUGUGGAACUAAUGUGCUUACACAGGAUGUUAUGAACAAAGAGCCAGGGAAGAGAGCUUUUUAGGAAUUUAGGGUACAAUAUACCACCUUGUACUACUGCUGUUUGAAAAGGACUAGUAUAUAAAUAUCCGACGGUUUAGAUCAAUUGUAUACUACUCAAAAGUUUAUUAGUGGUAUGAGUGGUAUAAGUAUUAUUGUAAUUCUAUUUUGACACAACAGUAAAGAUAUUAAAGGGGUGUUUGGAUACCCCGUGCUAAAGUUUAGCACC